AUGGCUGACUACGAGGAAGAAUCUGACUGCUGCCCUCUGUGCAUGGAGGAGCUGGACAUCACGGACCAAACGUUUAACGCAUGUCCGUGCGGCUACCAAGUGUGUCUCUGGUGCUGGCACCAGAUCAAGAAUGAGUACAACGGUCUGUGCCCUGCCUGUCGCCAGCCCUACGCUGAGCUUUCGAAGCAGAAGAACCCGCUGGACCGUGAAGAUGUGGUACGCCGCACUAAGCAGCGUAAGCAGAAGGAGAAGAUCGAGCGACGCUCUGCCGCGCAAGCAAAGCAGACGACGGUGAACCGUAAGAGUUUGCAGAACGUGCGCGUAAUGCAACGUAACCUGGUUUACGUCAUCGGACUACCCGUGCACUUCGCCGAGGAGGACAUUUUACGCUCUAACGAGUGCUUCGGUCAGUACGGGAAGAUCGUUAAGGCUGUGGUGAACAAGAGCCACUUGAAUACGGACAGAGCCAACGCCACGGCCAGCGCCUACAUCACGUUCGCCAAUAAGGAGGACGCGUUGUGCUGUAUAGUGGCAAUAGAUGGAUAUUACCUGGACGGGAGUCAACUACGCACAGAGUAUCCUCCUCUGAGUAGAGGGCAUUCGUACAGCAAUAUCGUAGCGGGUGGACACAGCAGUAGCAGUCUUGCAGGGGCAGCGCCUCCAGCCCCAGUCGAUCCAGUACCAAACAAGAAGCCAGACUUACGCGUAGACACAUCCCGAGAAGAAGACAAAGAACAUACAACAGAGGCGGCGGUAGGUCCGUUGGAAGCGCUAAAGUUGGCGACAGGGUCGUCGACAGAGCAGCCGGCGUGGGCACAGCCAUUCCCGACCCCAGCAAUAUCCCAGAACGAGAGUGAAGAGACAAAUACGGCCGACAGCAGUAGUGCAAGUGUUUUUAGUCCGUUUGGGCUCGGCUUUGACGGUGGCAUUCGACGUGCCAGCAGUGCGGUAGAGCUCACGCCAAAGACUCCAGUGUCUGGCGACGUAUGGGGGUCGUCGACCGCAUCCGACGCUACGCUGGACUCGUUCCCGUCUGCCACUUCAGCGAUGUCUGCAUCAGCGAGUUCGUCCUCGUCGUUUGCAUCUAUUGACGCGAUCUUCAGCCAGCGGAACGACUCGUCCGAGGCACUCGCAGGGCUGCUCGGUGUCCAGUUGGCUCCCAACCCAUUGGCACAACCUCUGGCUGCACCAGCUAAGGAUGCGCAUACCUCUCGGUUUUCAUUCGCGAACCUUGCAGAUGCUGGUCGUGGUGCGUUGCAGCAGUCAGGUGCGCGCUACGAGUUGCUGGAUGGAACGACAGUCAACAACCGCAGUUCGUUUGGCGGAUUCGACGCUCCACGCUCCGGAAAUACGUCGACUUCUUCAGGGUUCCCUACGACGACGGACAGAUCUGGUUUCCCACCACUUGGGAGCUCGCAGCACCAUAUGCCGCCACCGCAUCCUCCCAGAAGUUCCUUUGGGAAUGACUUCCGCAGCAAUGAUCUCCCUCUCGGUGGGAGUAGCGCUCUAGGUGGAGAGUCUGGCGGACUGGCGUUCCUUCAGCAGAUGCUACCGAAUGUCAACAUCAGCUUUGGAGGUGACUAUCCUAGUUUAUCUGGGACGGAGUCGAGCGGAGUGGGCGCCACGACUCCGCCUACUCGCAGUGCGAGCACAGGUCGCGGGCGAAACGCAGGGCGUCGACUGUUCGAACGCAGUCAGAGCGCUGGCGGCGGUCUGGUCUCGGCUGAUGCGUGGGAUGGUGGGAGUCUGAGCUCGCUUGGGUUUGACGGACAGUCGAGCGCUAGACGAGCAUCGAGUGGAUCGUCGUUCUAUGAUCCGACCUUAGCUUCGCAGUCGUCCAGUGGAUUUUCGAGCAAUUUUUACGGCUUCAAUGCCACGAACUCGAACGAGAGCGAAAAUGACCGUCUGCGUAUGCACAGCGACUUCGGUGGCGACGCGUACCGUCGCUCUGGCUCGUUGGUCAACAACAGUUAG